AUGGGGUCUUAUCCUCACACCAAUUCUUUCGGUGGGGUGGGUACCUUUAAAUUCAUCGUUUUUGCCCUACUGAACCUUAGCUUCUUUUUCGCCUGCCUCCAGCCUGUCGUAGGAGAGGUCGUGGCCUCCUUAGAAGUCCCUCCUACAGCAGACGGGAAACCUUCUGCAGGUUUUCUGGUGGAUACAACUGCGGCCAGAGAUGAUGGACUCUCUUCCACAGCCGCGAACGCGGCAUCUUUGCCCCGUGCAGCCCCCGAAUCGGCAGCUGCGGUGGCAAAAGCAGUGUUAAGAGAAAGCCGCGGGCACAGACGUAUGUUUGCACCGGAUCCGAUUGUAGAGGAGGCCGUCACGGCGGUGGAGUACCGGUGCCCACACUGUUUUACGUACAGGAAGACGUUUUCGCAACUAGCAAUGGACCUCCGUAGUCGCUUUCAUUUCGCAGCACUGAACUGCGUGGAGGACGAAAAUACAAUGGAUAUUUGUGGCAACUUAGGUAUAUUCGCGUUGCCGUCCAUCAAACUAUUUGUGCCUCCCUCUCUCCACCUGCAACUGCCGGCCUCCGAGCAGCAGCCUAAGCAAGCCACACCACUUAAGGGAAACCUGCAUUUGGAGUUCCCUGGGAUGCAUGACGGAGGAGCGCUGGACUCGUUUGACGCAGCUCAGCCAGACAGUCUUGCUAUUCAUUCCCUUGCACUCCCCAGCGAUGACAUCUAUCUCGCCGUGCAAUAUGCGGCCCGAAAAACGCAGCAACAAAUCAGCAAGAACGAACUCAAGCUGACGUUGGGAGGAGACUUAGCCGCCUUCGAGCAUCUCCGCGGCGUUCCUUGCAGUGCGUACAGAUGGAAAUCCGAGCUUACGCUUUCACCCACGGCGACUGAUUCCUCUGUUCGUGAGCAAGAGGAGAAAGAAGACCAAGGGGCUGGAAGAAGCAGUUUCCGAAUGGGCGGUCGUGAGGCGACUUCAGGGGGUCCCGCUCGAGCGCGUCUAUACGACGGUAUUAGGGGCCUGCAAUUCAUUUUGGCGAGUUGGGUUGUUACGGAGAAGGAACACAUGAGCUUUGCUGAGGAAUUUGCCUUGGUGGAUUUGCUCGAAAUAAACUCGAUGCAAGCUCUGCCGGAGCGCCUUCCUUUGAGGCAGCCUGAAUCUCUCAAAGACGACAGUGCACGCUUCUCGGACCACCUUGAUCUGUACAGGGAAAUCGACAGCAAACUCUAUGCCACCAGUGGUCUAAGAACAGCGGACUGGCGUAAAUGGAUAGGGUCUGUGGCAUUCGGUGCCGAGGCGCUCCCGCUGCCGCCCCUGGAGGAGCCCAAGCUAAAGCACUGCACGACCAUCACAUGCAGCGUGUGGAUGUUGAUGCAUGUGCUAGCAGAGGGGGCUAAGAGGCUUUCCGUUAAGGUCAACGCACAUCCCAAGUGCGGCCGCGGUGAGCUCUUCUUCAAGAGGAAAGGACAGGCGCUGCCGAUUUACCUUCUGCAGCAGCAACAGGAGCAGCGAAGACCUGUCGACCUUGAUAAAGUCAUUGACACGGCAUCGUUGCCAACUGUGAGUCCUUCCCCUAUGCUCAUUUUAUCUGCAUUUGGAAAUGAAGCUUAUUCACCCUAUAAAGCAUACAGGACGCGCUUACCAUAA